GUUAGCGCCAAUUCCUAAAUUUAAUUGUUCAAACUCAAAAAAAUAUAUCCUUACAUCCUAUGACCCAACUCUUACAAGAAACCAAACUCAGCAUCAAAGCAUGGAACCGUUGCAUAUCCUUAGCCCAAAAUUGUACAAACAUGCUCCAACUCAAAGCCAUUCAUGCAAAUUUUACUCUCAGCGGCAUUUCCACAAACACUUUUGCACUAACCAAAUUACUUGAAUUUUGUGCUCUUUCUCCGCACGGUAGUCUCUCUUAUGCUUCCCUUUUAUUCGACCAAAUCAAAAUACCCAAUUCAUUUGUAUUCAACACUCUUAUUAGAGCUUAUACUCGUAGUUCAAAUCCUUAUUUAGCACUCCAUUAUUUUAAUACAAUGUUGAAAGAUUUUCAUUUGAAGCCUCAAAACCAUACUUUUCAUUUCGUGUUGUUCGCAUGCGGCAACGUAAACUGGGUUUGUUUUGGUCGGCAAAUUCAUUGCUGGGUUUGUAAAAAUGGAAUGGUUGUAUCAGAUGGGCAUAUUCAGACUGGAGUUGUGAGAUUGUAUGCUAAGUGUAGAAUUAUGAGUGAUGCGCAUAAGGUGUUCGAUGAAAUUCCUCAACCGGUUGUUGUUCAAUGGAAUGUGUUGAUGAAUGGGUAUGUUGAUUGUAAUUUGGAGAGUGCGGCUUUGCGGGUUUUUAGAUGUAUGUUUGUUAGGGGGGUUGAGCCUGAUGCGUUUUGUGUGACUAGUGCCUUAGCGGCUUGUGCGAAAUCAGGAGCUCUUUGGCAAGGGAAGUGGAUUCAUGAAUAUAUCAAGAAAAAUUUGCUGGAGUUCGACGUUUUUAUCGGUACUGCGCUAGUUGAUAUGUAUGCAAAAUGUGGAUGUAUAAAUACAGCUGUGGAAGUCUUUGAGAUGAUGCCUAAGAGGAAUGCUUUUUCAUGGGCGGCUAUGACGGGGGGAUUUGCGAUGCAUGGUUAUGCGAGGAAAGCAAUUCAUUGUUUGGAGAGAAUGCAGUCGGAGGAUGGAGUUAGGCCUGACAGGGUUGUCCUUCUUGCGGUCUUAACUGCUUGUACUCAUGCAGGUUUGCAAGAGGAAGGUCGGUUUCUUUUAGACAACAUGAAGGCAAGAUACGGGAUUGUGCCUAGACACGAGCAUUAUAGUUGCGUGGUCGAUUUGCUAUGCAGGGCAGGUCGAUGGGAUGAAGCAAUUGCGCUUAUAAAGAGAAUGCCCAUGAAGCCACUUGCUUCAGUUUGGGGUGCUGUGUUAAGUAGUUGUCGGACGCAUAAGAAUGUUGAACUCGCAGAACUUGCUGUUAAGGAGCUUCUACAACUAGAAAAUGGUAACAUGGAUGAAGAAGAUGCAGCCUUUGUUCAAUUAUCGAACAUUUAUUCGAGUCUUGGAAGAGGUAAAGAUGCAUCUAAGAUACAUAGAGUGAUCGGUGACAAAGGGUUGAAGAAAACACCAGGAUGUAGUAUGAUAGAAGUGGAUGGGAGGGUGAAUGAAUUUGUUUCUGGAGAUGUUUCUCAUAAGGAGUUAGCUCAAAUUCAUGUAAUACUAGAACUAUUAUUGCCGGACUUGAUUUCAUUAUCAGAUCAAUAGCGAAAUGACAUACUUAAUCCA